AUGCGACUGAAUCUCUUUCCGUGGUUAGGUCUUCUGGGUCUUUCUCACCUUGUGGCUGGAAAAGCUCUCGAUGAUGUAUUCAAUGUCAAGAGUGGAACCACCAAAGGAGGAUGUGAUAGCUAUAGGACUGGCCAAGUUAAUGAAAACCUGGAUGCCUAUUUCGAAGAGGCACAGAAAAUCAUCGAAACCGCAUCCAAUGCUUUUGGAAAAUACAAUACGGACGUACAAGUUCAAAAACUUGCCAAGACAUUCUUUGGAAUCACUCCAAAUGCCCAGCAAACCGGAACUGCUUCUAACGCUGAUGCACUUUUGCUCAAACAUGUUCAAGAAUGGUUCGAAGCCCUAGAUACUUAUGCUAAAGGAAACAGCGGCCAGAAAAUCCCGCUUUACUGCAACAGUGAUUGGCUUGAACAGACGACAACAGUGUACGACUCCAGUGGGAAGGCCAAGGCAAAUAUAGUUGUCUCAGAUGACAAGGCCUACGGCAAGACAGAACCAUUGCUCAAAAAGACAUGGGUCGCAUUCUGGUCUGAGGAUCUGAAGGAAUACUACUUUGGUCCUCCAUACAGCAGCAAGCCUCCAACAUACUGUGCAGAUAAAGGAAACAUCGCCGUAGUAACACCCAUGACGACCGGGCAAAACUCUCUCUCUCUCACACUUUGUCCUGACGGCUUUUUCAACAAGGCCAAUGCGCUGGAGGCACUUGACGACUCGAACAGCGAUAUCGGGCAUACUCUCCAAUCACUUGAGACUAGAAGUUUAAGCAUUGUGCAUGAACUAGUCCACGCCUGCAAAGGUCCAGCUGACACGCCUGAUAUUAAUACAUGGGGACCUAAGGCUGCGAUCAAACCGAAGAUUAAGGGCCAGCCGAAUCCUCUUUGGCCGGGAAAUACGGACGACUUUAUAAACAAGAGACGAGUAGCAUAUACCGCGACUGAUGCUAUUCUCACAGCCCAAGCAACAAAUCCCCGGCAGCCGACCGAAAACACCCCAGAAAGCUAUGCAUGGGCUGCAUUGGCGGUCUAUCUUGCUGAGAACGGCGCCAAGAUGGACUACUCGACUGGCCAGGCGAGGCCCAUGGGUGAGCCAUUGACUUCCCCCGCCCCGCCUAGGAAGUUCAGAAAGGACAUUAUGGUGAUAGCGAAGGACUUUAUUGCCUAA